UAUCAAAAGAAAAAAAGAAAAGAAAAGAGAGAUUCUUUACAUGUCUCACUCCCUUUUGCAUUUCAAAUAUUCCCUCCUCCUCCUUGCUCAUAUACAUGCCAGCUAUAGAUUCUUCUCCCUUGCUCUCCCCUCCAUUCCCCAUCUCUCUCUCUCUCUCUCUCUCUCUCUCUCUCUCUCUCUCUCUCUCUCUCUCUCUCUCUCUCAAAGUUCGUAACUUUGUUUAGCAUUUGGCACCGCCCUCAUGGUUCCGGAGCUCGAGGUAACAAGCCUCGUGUUACCGAGAUUCACGUCCGGAUGGACUGCAAUGGUUGUGUGCAGAAGAUCAAGAAGGCACUCCAUGGCAUUAAUGGAAUAUAUGAUCUCUACAUUGAUUUUCCAAACCAGAAACUGACGAUUGUGGGUUGGGCGGACCCUGAUAAAAUUGUCAAGGCCAUCAAGAAGACUAGGAAAAAUGCCAUCAUAUGCUCCCACACUGAACCGCCCGACCCAGCCGCUCAGCCGCCAGAACAACCACCUGAAGGUGGUGCACCACCUGCAGACGCCGCCAAUACUCCACCACAGGACGCCCCACCAGCUGAGCCACCCAGUGACGCCCCGCAUCCUGACAACCAGCCCCCAGCACCCCAGAAUCCUACACAACCAGAACCCGACAAGAAGGAAGGGCAGCUCUCGCAGGAUGGCCAGCCGCCGCCGCCGCCACCACCAGCAGGGCAGUCGCCCACUGGACCAAAGGACGUCGGAGAAGUUCAUGUUGUAUACCACCACCCCCUGCCACCGGACUAUGGCUACAGAUAUGGGUAUGGUCGUAAUUUCGGCAGUGACCGUUGGUAUGGUAAUUAUCCAAGGGGACACGAAAUUCACCAAGAAUUACCACCGACGGUACAUCCGCUGACACCAACACAAUCGCAUCCGCAUCCACCUUCCCGGACGCCAUCGCAGUCAACCCCACCUUUGCAGCCACCUCCUCCCCAGCCACAGCCGACUCCUCCCCAGCCGCAGCCAAUCUAUGUGACGCACAGCUACAACACGCACAAGCCCUCGCCUUACGUGACUGAAUACCACGACUACGUACAGCCACCACCCCCGCAACCGCAGUAUAGAUACUACUACGGUCCCACUAGACACGAUCAGUUCCCCGAGGACUAUUACAACUAUCCUUACCAGUACCAGGGCAGCAGCAGCAGCGGAUCGAGCAACGGAAACAUCGCGUCGUUCUUCAGCGACGAAAACCCGAAUGCGUGUAGAAUCAUGUGAUCAUACAGGAGAGAAAUGUGAGAGAAUUAGAAAAAGUUUAAGGGAAAAUAAAUUAUUAAUCUUUAUUAAUUUGUGAUGGGGAUUGCAUUGAUGAUGGGGGAAGGAAUGAGAUUCUGAUGAGCUUGUAAGGGAAGGGAGGAAUCAAGUUGACCCGGAAUGUCUAUUCCGAGGGAAAAAGAAAGAAAGAGAGCGAGAAUGAGAGAUUAUCACUACGUGCUGUUGCCCUGUUUUGUUUGUGUUGGGAAAGAAUCACACGUAAAGCUCUUUUUGUUCUGCAGGCAUAUAUGCUCCUUUAAUCCAUUCAUUAGUCUCCUCCUUUUUGAAUUUAUA